GGAAGCAGCAAUGAAGGGAGGUCUCUGGGGUCAUGCAUUACUUCUAGCCAGUAAAAUGGAUACGAGGACGUACGCAAAUGUCAUGAUGAGGUUUGCCAACAGUUUGCCAAUGAACGAUCCAUUACAAACAUUAUAUCAAUUAAUGUCUGGAAGACAGCCUGCUGCAUCAACGUGUUGUGCUGAUGAAAAGUGGGGAGACUGGCGCCCUCAUUUGUCAAUGCUUUUAUCCAAUAUGACGAAUAAAGCAGAUCUUGAUAGAAAAAGUAUAACUACCAUGGGGGAUACUCUUGGUGCUAAAAGUUUACUGCAUGCUUCCCAGUUCUGUUACAUAAUGGCACAAGUUGGUUUAGGUGUGUACACUAAGAAAAGUACCAAGAUGGUGUUGCUGGGUUCCAGUCAUAGUUUACCAUUCUUUAAGUUUGCAACCAACGAAGCCAUACAACACACCGAGGUAUACGAAUAUGCCCAGUUACUUGCAAAUAAGCACUAUCUGCUUCCCAACUAUCAAGUAUACAAGUUUAUUUAUGCUGCCAGGUUGGCCGAGCAUGGUUUCUCAUCGCAGGCAUUGCAGUACUGUGAAGUUAUUACCAGUGCCAUCUGCUUAGCCCCACAGUUGUAUAACAAUACACUUAUUAGCCAGUUAUACGAGCUGGGAAGUAGGCUAAAGCACCACGAUACUCAGGAUUUUUCGGGCGAAGACCUCAUUGAGCCUGGCUGGCUGAUCAAGCUGCAUAUUCUUCAACAGCAAGUCUUAGAGGGAGUGAUCAAACCACGAUCGAGCUCUGCUACGCCAAUGCCGUGGGUGUAUUCGUCAAAUAGCCUGAGCGGCGUUGAAAGUCUGGACACGCCCAUAAUAGGAUUAUCUGUAGACAACUCGUUUGCUAAUCUCCAAGACUACAUUGGUAGCUUUGAUAUGUCUGAUGUCGGCAACCAGGACAGGACACAGCAGCAUUUGGCAGAGCUCAAACAGAAGGCAGUAGAACAGCUUGGGCUAGGUCAAGGCUUCACCAUGACUGCUAGUGGUUUUCAGCAGAGUGGUAGUCAGUCUCAUCUUAGCUUGCCAGCAUCCACACAUGGUUUGCCAGUACAGCAAGAGGUCAGUGCUGCUUCUCAAAUUGACCAUUCCGCACCCGGUGAACAUGCGCAACAGCAGUCGAACUUCAACUUCUCGCAGUUCCAGUAUAAUGCAGUGGCACAACAGCCACAAGAGAACGUAGAUCUCACUGCCUCGAUGAACAGUGAAUACAGCACAACAUCGAUGACUGAAUCAGGAGCAGAGACAUCUGAGUUUGCCGAUAGCGGUGCUUCAAAGCUAGAUUACUAUGACGUAAGUGUGCAACAGAACCAGGGUGUCGAUGACGAUAGUCACACUCCAAGCACCAUCUCACCUAAAAGUCCACUGACACCGCCGGAAACACCCAAAUUUCCAUUCGUUCCGCCGAGGCAACAACCUCCACCACAGAUCAAACACGAUGUGAGAACGAGAGACACUGGCAAAAAGGAAGAUAAAUUGAAUAAACCCAAGAAGUCGGCCGGUGGAAGAAGCUGGUUUGGUGGGAUAUUCAGUAGUUGGCGAAGCAAAGAAGUACACUUACCAGAUGACUCCACAAAAAGUAUCCAGUGGGACCCUGUGAAAAAGAAAUGGGUGAAUGCUGAAGAUGGUGAUGAUAUGGAUGAACCAGAUCAGGCGCCACCUCCACCCACUGAUUUUGAGCUUAAUAAAUCCAGUGGAUCCACUCCUGGUUCUAGUGCACCAACAUCAUCUGCAUCAACACCUGGUGCUAACAGGUUUCAAAGGCCAAAAGAAAAAUUUACUGCUAGGAACAACUACGUUGAUGUAUUCAAUCCUGGAGGUACAAAAUCCACGCCUGCAGUGGCACCGCCUCCUGAUCUCUUUCCUAUGAUGCCGACGUCAAGCACAGGACCAGUUAAUUUCUUUGUCCCUGAACCAGUUCAAUGGUGAAGAACAGGUCCAAGAUGCUAAACAUGUCAACCCAGAGAUGGCGCUGACUCAGCAGCCAAAGAUUGGUAAUCCUGGUUCUAGACCACAUACACCAGCUAGCCAGGUUUCGAAUUAUCCCCUCAUGACCACACGCAACAACAUCAACAACAACAACACAGCAGUUUUUCAACCCGCAAGCUUUUGGAGUUUCAAAUCCGUCAUGGGACAUGGCUGCUAGUUAUCAACAACAGCCACAACAACAACAACAACAACAACAACAACAUCAACAGCAAUACCAGUAUGAUUCAAACCAGCAGCAACAGUUUCCACAGACUCAGUUUCAGCAACAGCCACCACCACAGCAAACACAACAGCAGCAGCAACCACAAGUAUCUCAGCCUCCGCAGUUCACACAAACUAAUCCAAAACCGCCUCAAUCCAGUGAUGAUAAAGAAGAUAAUUCCAGUAACCAGACCAGUUGGCAGCAGCCGGAACCAGCUGCACCUCCUGGACCACUGAUGUUUAAUCCUAAUGCAUUUGCGUCGCAGCAGAAUGUUCAACCCGGUGCAGCUGCCAAACACACGGGUUACAAUAUACACAAGAGAAGACAGUACCCAACCCAGAGAUAACACACAGUGAUGUGAUCUAUUUCAGCUCUUUUUAUUGGAUAUCCAGCUCAGCCAAUUAUCUUAUAGAUUUGUUAACUUCUGACCAGGUGGUUCGCAAUGGGUUUUUCAUUAAUUCCCAUACUGCUAAACAUCCGAGCAAACUGAACUCUGUAAUAAACAA